UCUCCCGCUUUCACACUGUUGAGGAAGUGAAUCUUUUGGGUUGGGUCUUGAAGUUCGGAGUUGACAAGUUGUCAAAUAUACAAGAAUAACUCGUACGGGAAUCUGUUGCAGAAGAUCGCAGUACCGCAAGUUCGAUACGACAACAGCAACAACCGCAAAGAUGAAUGAUCAACAGCUGGAUUGCGCCCUGGAUUUGAUGAGGCGCCUGCCUCCUCAACAAAUUGAAAAGAACCUCAGUGAUCUCAUUGACCUGGUGCCCAGCUUAUGUGAGGAUCUCCUUUCCUCUGUAGACCAACCCCUUAAGAUUGCCAGAGACAAGACAGUGGGCAAGGAUUACCUACUCUGUGACUACAACAGAGAUGGAGAUUCCUAUAGGUCUCCGUGGAGUAAUAAAUAUGAACCACCAAUUGAAGAUGGUGCUAUGCCAUCUGCUCGCUUGCGCAAACUGGAGGUGGAGGCUAACAAUGCCUUUGAUCAGUACCGAGAUCUGUACUUUGAAGGAGGUGUAUCAUCUGUCUAUCUGUGGGAUUUGGAUCACGGUUUUGCAGGUGUCAUUCUCAUCAAGAAGGCUGGUGAUGGGUCUAAAAAAAUCAAAGGCUGCUGGGAUUCCAUCCACGUCGUGGAGGUGCAGGAGAAAUCCGGUGGACGCACAGCCCACUACAAGUUGACCUCAACAGUAAUGUUGUGGCUUCAGACUACAAAGUCUGGCUCUGGCACUAUGAACCUUGGGGGAAGUCUCACGAGACAGAUGGAGAAAGAUGACAACGUCGGAGAUUCCGCCCCUCACAUUGCUAACAUCGGGCGUCUAGUUGAAGAUAUGGAAAAUAAGAUUCGUUCAACCCUUAAUGAGAUCUACUUUGGCAAGACGAAGGACAUUGUCAAUGGACUCAGAUCUAUUGAGUCUUUGCCCGAUAACCAAAAGUUCCGUCAGCUCCAGAAAGAGCUGUCUCAGGUCCUCACCCAGCGCCAGACCUACAUUCAGGAGGAGUAGGGCUGUAGGAGUGUGCAGACCCUGGCAGACAAGUCCAAACAAGAAUUACUGCAAAAGGACCUGAUCAGUCACAUCAAACAACGCAAGCAGCUGGGUUAGAGAGGCUCACGACCUCUCCAGCUCCCCCUCCCACUCCCACUCUCUCUGCUUCUCCUGUCUAGGCCGCCGCCUGAGACUGGUCCUAACACUCGGGCCUGUCCUGCAUAACAGUUUUCUUUGUUGCCUCUGGUCAUUAUGGAUUUUAUGUAAAAAAUGUACAUUUUCAUUUAGCUGUGCUCCCGCCUUUACGAUGCAGUUCACACUAAAUAAUGAACUUUCGGAAGAGUAUCAUGGUUUGUGAACUUAUGAACAUUUGUUGAACCCCUUGUAAAUGGGCAUUUAAAGGCAGGUUAUGACUGCAGAUAUUAUUGACGCUUUUGAGGUUCUUUUGAGAUUCGCAAACGGUACAGAAACUUAUUUUAAUAUUAAUGCGUCUUACUCAUCUUAUUGAAAGGACAUAUUGGGUGAGUUUUAUUUCUAAGUUUUCAUGUAUAUCAUUUAUAGAGACUUUUAUUCUUCACCCUGACAGGUAGCUGGGGAAGAAGCCUCUUUAUCCAAAAGCCAAUAUUAUUUUUGUAUAAGUAUGAAUGAAAAGUAUGUUGUGGCUUGUAACAUUUGGUUUGAAGUCAACUGAAAAUCAUUUACUGACCCAUCCUCUUAUGAUGGGUCAGUCGGGAAAACAUUUGUAAAUGCUGUGUGUUACUGUCCAAUUUUGUUCUUCAUUCUUGAUCUGGUUAAGGUGUGAGGGAUGGGAGAAGUUGCAGGCACAGAAUAUAGGUAACAUUUUGUCCAUGUUUAAACAUAUUUCUCUCCUAAAGGCUUUAUUUUUUGUGCACUUUGCAUUUUGUUUUGAUAUAGCUUUUUGUCUGCAGUGUGCCAUUUAUUGUAUGCCAGUUGUAAUUCUAACUUAUAGACACAUGGGGUCAUUGUUCAGUAAAACGUGUAUGUAUUCAGACUGAAA